CUCUCUCUCUCUGCUCUGUUCACGGUGUCACUGUUGACCGUGGUUUAGUGCGAGGUAAAAGACGAGUGGAGGCAUGGAUGGAUAGUCCUCCUUUCUUUUUCAGCCUUUGUUAAGGAAGACUGGAAAGAUGAAGAGCUGGUGGAGGAGUAGGUGAUCAGAAGAUGCUGGACCAUCGUCGUAUAUUGAAUGAAACUCAUUUACCUUGGAUGCUAUUUCCUGGAAGCUCUUACCUGAUGCCCCAAAUCAUAUUUUGCACCCUCCAUAUUGCACUAAAUCAUGAUGGAUUUCUUCUUCUACCGCCAUUUCGGUCAUCGCCGAAAAAGACAGAAGUAUCCUGCAGUGCGUCAGCCUGGUCCUGCUGUUCAGGCCAGUAAAGCCAGGAGGCGCUCUAGUGUAGGCCUGCCCUCUGUAGCAUUAGCCCAGUCCAGACGCCCCUCCACUGCUUUAACUCCAGUUUGCAGUGACCAGCGCAGACGGCCCAGUAUUGGCUUGUUGGUGGCUAGUGGACAGAGGCUGGGAUUGGCACACUCCAGUGAGGCAGCAGAAGAACUGGGAAGAGAAGGGAGGAGAGAAGAUGGAGCCAUCAAGAGAGGAAGAAGAAGGGCUUUUCAGCACAAACCUCAUCACGCUCGUCGUUCCUCUGGCAGCGUCUCCUGUGUACAACACGGGUUGCCUGUGCGAUGUCGACAUUCUUCUAAAAUAAAAUCCAUUGAGCCUCACUUACUUGGAUCGUCUAUGUUACUUGCGAGUAUGGUCCAGAUGGGAAAAGGACUGACAGAUGAGGAAGAGGAGGAGCCAGACGUUUCCCUGUGUUCCUGUUCUGAGUCAGAUGUAGACGAAGGGACUGAUGAAGAAGUGGAGAGCAGAACCACAGCAAUGAAAGGUGCCAACAUUAGGCCUACACCUCAAAUGCACCUAACCCAGGCAGCCAUUGCGAAAAAAAAGAAAAAACGUCCUUUACUUCGCCCUCCUCGCUGUCUAAGACGAAACUCCACCCACCUCCUCCCUGCAGACACUGUGCUUCAGAGCAGUGAGACAGCAUAUGGAGUUUAUGGCCGAUACAAUCGUCUAAAUUCCAGUCAGCUUCACCAGACUUCAGAUCAUCCCAUCCCGACUUCCAUGACCAGCCCCAGCCUGGGUCAGCUGUCCUCAGCGAGUCUGAGCUCCGAUCCCGGAGCAUCUGAAACAUAUGGGACCGCCACUGGGUCAACAACACUGCAAAAAAGCUGCUCUUCACCUCUCGGGGGACACGAGGGAACCAUAUACUACGACCCUUAUCUGGACACAUGGGAGAACUUCCUCUCGAAAGCGAUCCUCAAGUCCGGCCUGCCCCCACUGCCCUGUCAACCCAGCACAUCGUCUCUGAACAGGACCGACCCAGAAGCAACUAUACGUAGCACUGUGGACUGGACUGAUUCGGCUGUGUAUGGAGAUCAUAUCUGGUUUGAGACAAAUGCAUCAGGAGAUUACUGCUAUGUGGGAGAACAACACUGCAUAGCCAGAGCUCUGCAAAAGUCGGCCAGUCGAAGGAAGUGUGCCGCUUGCAAGAUAGUUGCCCACACCAUCUGUAUAGAACAACUGGAGAAGUUUCCCAGCUCUCAGGCCAUCCUGUUGGAGGCCACGCUGCCACUCAGUGACCCCAACUUUAGAAUCAAUUUCCGGUGUAAACCUUCUUUCAGAGAGUCAGGCUCGAGGAACAUUCGGGAGCCUAUUGUGGUGCGUCAUCACUGGGUGCAUCGGAGACGGCAAGAUGGAAAAUGUAGACAGUGUGGAAAGGGCUUCCAGCAGAAGUUUAGUUUCCACAGUAAAGAGAUUGUUGCCAUCAGCUGCUCCUGGUGCAAACAGGCUUAUCACAACAAGGUUUCCUGCUUCAUGCUGCAGCAAAUUGAGGAGGCGUGUCCUAUAGGACCUCAUGCCGCCCUCAUAGUCCCGCCCACAUGGAUCAUUCGAAUCCGACGUCAUCAGUCAUCUAUGAAGUCAAGUAAGAAGAAGAAGAGAACGUCGUUUAAGAGGAAAAGCAGCAAGAAAGGAGCAGAGGAGGGACGACAAUGGAGGCCGUUUAUAAUCCGACCCAUCCCUUCACCUCUGAUGAAGCCUCUACUAGUGUUUGUCAACCCCAAAAGUGGAGGAAACCAGGGAACCAAGAUCCUGCAGUCGUUCAUGUGGUAUCUGAACCCUAGACAGGUGUUUGACCUGAGCCAAGGAGGACCAAAGGAGGGCCUGGAGCUAUAUCGUAAAGUCCACAACCUGAGGAUCCUGGCAUGUGGAGGAGAUGGCACUGUGGGCUGGAUUCUAUCUUGUCUUGAUGAGCUGGCGUUAAACCCUCAACCUCCUGUUGCUGUGUUACCACUGGGGACAGGAAAUGACCUCGCCAGGACCCUCAACUGGGGAGGGGGCUACACUGAUGAACCUCUGUCUAAAAUCCUUUCCCAUGUUGAGGACGGCACUGUGGUCCAGCUCGACAGAUGGAAUCUGCAGGUUGAACCAAACCUCAGUGCAGGGGCGGAACUGGACGAGCAGCAAACUGAUAAGCUUCCUCUAGAUGUUUUCAACAAUUACUUCAGUCUUGGAUUUGAUGCCCAUGUGACCUUGGAGUUCCAUGAAUCUCGAGAGGCCAACCCAGAGAAGUUUAACAGUCGGUUUAGAAAUAAGAUGUUCUAUGCUGGGACAGCCUUCUCAGAUUUCUUGAUGGGAAGCUCCAAAGACCUGUCUAAGCACAUCAAAGUGGUGUGUGAUGGGACAGAUUUAACAUCGAAGGUUCAGGACUUGAAGCUGCAGUGUCUGGUCUUCCUCAACAUCCCCAGGUACUGUGCGGGCACUACACCUUGGGGUAAUCCCAGCGAGCACCAUGACUUUGAACCUCAACGCCAUGAUGAUGGAUACAUCGAGGUCAUUGGAUUCACUAUGACUUCUUUGGCUACUCUCCAGGUCGGAGGUCAUGGCGAGCGGUUGAACCAGUGUCGAGAAGUCACCCUCACCACCACUAAGCCUCUCCCAGUCCAGGUGGAUGGUGAACCUUGUAGACUUGCUCCCUCUGUCAUCCAAAUCAGCCUCAGAAACCAGGCCAACAUGGUUCAGAAAACCAAACGACGGACCUCACUACCACACCUCAACGAUCAGCAGCCAGUCCCAGAGAGGCUGAGGAUCCGAGUGAGCAGGAUCAGUAUGACUGAUUAUGAGGCUCUGCACUACGACAAGGACAAACUGCGGCAAGCAUCGAUUCCUCUGGGCCUGAUUGUGGUUCCUGGCGACAGUGACUUGGAGACCUGCCGAGAACACAUCCAGCGUCUGCAGGAGGACUUCUGCUCUGUCCAUCCCCCCUUUAGAUGCUUGGGACUGCAGGAAGAGGCCAGCAAGCCAAAGAUUCUCUCCACACAGAGAUUGUCUCCAAAAUGGUGUUUCCUUGACUCUACAACAGCAGAUCGUUUCUAUAGGAUAGACAGAGCACAGGAACAUCUCAACUACGUAUCGGAAAUCUCCCAGGAAGAACUCUUCAUCCUGGACCCUGAGCUGAUCGUUUCAAUGACAGUGGGCACCUCCCCCUCACCCAGUGUUGAUGUGGCCAACCCUGACUCCAGCCAUGAAAACAGCAAGGAAGACCCUUCUAAUCAGACUCCAGACACCUUUGUUUACCCUGUUGCGUCUUCCUCCUCUUCCUCUUCAUCCUCUAUUCCCAGUUCUUCUCAGAGGCAGCGAGUGAACAGUGACAGCUCUGCAACCGAGGCCAUGACACAAGACAUACCACCAGUUACCAGCAAGCUCACCAGGGCCGGCUGCAUCCAUCGUUCCAACACUACAUCUGCGGAUUUUAAACCACGACAAAGACUGGAGAAGAGCCAGAAGAUGAGUGAAAUCGGCAGAGAGAAGGAAAAAGAGACGUUGAUCGAGUGUGUGAAGAACAAGGACCUGGAGAAACUGCAGGAACUGCACCAGAAGGGGGCGGACCUCAUGGUGCUGGACCAAUCGGACUGCAGUUUGUUGCACCAUGCCGUCAGCACAGGAAGCAAAGAGAUGGUCCGCUACAUUCUGGACAAUGCUCCAAAUGACCUGCUUGACAUCACAGAGAAAGAACACGGUGAGACGGUCCUCCAUCGCGCUGCCUCCCUGUGUCACAGGACAAUAUGUCACUACCUGGUAGAAGCAGGAGCCUCGUUGAUGAAAACAGACCUCCAGGGCGACACACCUAAGAACAGAGCGGAGAAGGCUCAGGAUGCUGAGCUGGCCGCCUACCUGGAGAACAGACAGCACUACCAGAUGAUUCAGAGAGAAGACCAGGAAACAGCUGUUUGAAACUGUGGGACUCUCCAUGAGCAGGACACAGACGAAGAAGCUGCCGUCUUCUUCCUCGUGACAGCAGGUCAUGGGGGCCACUGUGACGGGAGGAUUCCUGACAUAUGUCGUUCCUGGAAAACACAGCGUGCAGGCGGAAAGGGAAGCUGGACCAACAUGUGUUUUUAUCAUGGCAGUGAUCAGAGUGAGUGAUGGAGAACGGUAUAUGCUGAGUCUACACACAUUAGACUUUAUCUUUCAGAAGCUCAGUGAUUUAAAAAAAAAAAAAAAUAGAGUGUUUGAAGUCCAGAAAGUAGAAGCUGCUAUCUGACGUUUGUACAGAGUUAACUUGAACGCCUCGUGCUUUGAUUCUCUUUCAUCUCAAACUAAAGCCAUCAUCUGCCAUAAUAUCAAUGACACUGCCAUGUUUGUGUGGAUCAAUUGUCUCAGUAUUAGAUAUGAAGUUUAUAUAGCAGGCGUCAGUGGAAAUGUUGUACUUGGGCCUCACAAGCCUUGACAAGGUGAACAGGCCUUACUCUGCGAAUGCAACUUUUUGUUAACGGGAUUAUGGCAUGAGCUGUGUGUGUGUGUGUGUGUGUGUGUAGCGUUGCAGAAGAUGGCUGGAGUAAAGUCAACUGAACGUUCAGCAGAGAAAGGUAGAAAUCUUAGCCCAGUGACGAAAGAAACCGUCAUUUUCAGGGGACCCUGAAUUCCCACAGUAUCGGUUCAUGUAAAUCUGACCAUUUUUCUGCUUAUUGAAUUACUUCGUAAUGGACCAAAGGGCAAUUAAAUUAAAUUUUGAGUUUCAAGUGAUCUUGAAACUAUGUAAAAACGUGGGGAAUUCUCCAAAGAUUGUGUAGAUUGGCUGUUUGUGUGAAUGCAAAGGUCUGCAGAUAUUAUCCUCAAAUUCUCCUGACAUCCGUAAUCCGUAGCGAGUAAGGCUACGUUGAGAUUAACAGGCAGGAGUGACAGAUUGUUUCCAGAUGAGAUUUUUCCCCGGGCUGUGUGUACACACAAAUACGAUCCCAACAUUCAGAUUUUCAAAUCAGUGUUGUUCAGUGAAUCAUUGAAGGUACAUCUUAUCUGAAAUAUCUCCUGCUUUAAUGCUAAGCGGUCUGACAUGUUUGUUGCAUGUUUAUAUGGACAGUCAUGUUCACUGUCCUGUAAUCAAUCAGAUUUGAUUCAGAUUUGAACGAUGUAGCUUGUGAUUUGAUCGUGGCCCAAAAUGUGCAAAUAUUCUGCGUCCUGCUUGCUCAAGCCAGGCUUCACCCACUCGUCUGCAUCCUCCUGACUCAGGAAAAUCCCCUGCUGCGUUUGACGUAUAUGAACAAUCAAACUCCGGAUAAUAUCUGUACCAAAUUUGACCAAGAGUUCAUGUCUGAAAAUGGCUUUAAAGAAUGUAAUUUGCAUGUGAACUCGGCUAAGUUUCAUGGCAAAGACGCAAGUGCUGAGUUUUGUGGCGCAUUUCCAACAAAACCUGGUGAAUCAAAAGGCAUUUGAGUUAUUUAAAUUAAGCCAUCACACUUUACGAUGUACGUCAUUAGCUCUGGCGUUAGCUGCAGGCUAGUAGCUGCUGGUUUUAAGCUCUUUGUCGUUAAACAUAAAUAACAUAAAUAACGACAAAGUAAACAGAUGAAGGCAACUCAAACAAAGUCACCCGUGAAGGUAACUCUCCAGUUUCUCCACCAGUUCUUCUGUAAACGUAAUCACCAAGAGAAACACAGGCAUCAAUGACGAUGAUCAUCUUCUUCUUUUAUUAUUAUUUGAGAGCCUGGUGUGUCUACAUGGGAUUUUCUGCUGCAGCUUAAUGUCAGUCACACAUUCCAUUAAAGAAUGAUAGUUUCUGUAUUUAAAAAAAAAUAAAAUAUAUAUAUAUAUUUAUAUAUAUAUAUAUACGCAUAUAUAUCUUUGAAAAGAAUGUUUCAUCAUUCCACAAAAAAAUAAAUGCUAGUCAGUGGCAGUUUACGGUCAUUUAAACAGGUUGUCCAGCUGAGAUGUGAGCAGGAAAGCAGCAGGAAAGCAGCAGCAGCAGCAGCAGCAGCAGCAGCUGAGAAUGAGGACGUGCCCACAUCUGUGAUGAAAAGCAAACAGUGUGUGGUGAGUGAACGGACCUCCAGUCCCCUUUUUAAAGAAAAAAAAAAUAAAUAAAUCAUAUAGUAGUUGAUUUUUGUCUAAAGUUUGUACUGUACAUAUUUCCAGAACAGAGCGGUGUUUGUUAAACCAAAAUUAAGUUCACUGACUCUUCUUCUCUUGUUUUGUUUUUGCCUCUGGGUUUUAACAUUUGAGCGGUGUUGGUGUUUCCAGAUUAGUUUCACACUGACGGUAAACUCUUGCGUGUUGUGCAUUGAAUUUUUAAUUUACACUGUGGCCAAUUUAAUCUUAAUCCUGUUAUAUUCUUGUUAUUGGUGUAAAAAUAAAUGGUUUUAAUCUUCUUUUGGGCUGCCUUUAUAUAUAUAUUUUUUUUUUCUCCGUUCUGCACUUGUUUUAAUGUUCUUUGAUAUAAGUAUAAGUUGUUUUUUGAGAUGAUUAUGAAGAUAAUAAAAAUGAUUAUGUUUGA